UUGAGUAAGAUGCUACUGCUAGGAUGUCUUUCUGUUAUAUUUUUUGUAGCUUCAGCACCGAGUUUGAGUUUAGGAUCAGAAGUCAGUGCAAAUGUGAGCGCAUCUGGGUUCGGUUAUGAAUUGAUCACCAGCGGUCUUGAUACAGUGAAUUUCAAUAUGCAAAAGGAUCAUCUUCGCUCGAAAGAAUAUUUUCAAAUGCUUAGUGCAGAAAUAGAAAAUUUGCACCGAACUUUAAGGAACACAGAGCAAAUGGUGAUUCGUCAUUCAAAACUACUUAGUGGCUUUGAUGCACAGCUUAAGAAACUGACUAGUGCCAUGGAAUCGGUUGAGACCAUUCCAAGCAUCCAGAAUGAGCUGGACCUGCUUUCUCUAAACAUUUCCCGUCUGCUAAACGAUGCCAGUAAUAUUAACCGCGUUCAGCAAACCCUUCCAACAACGGAGAUGCUGAAUGAUUUCAUUCUACAACUUGCUGCUGAUCGGCUUCAAUCUCAUGGAACGGAUUCGCGGAAACUUUUGCUGGAAUCGAAAGUUCUACCGUCCACUUGCGCCAAUGUCCCGGAAAGUCGCUCCGGCGUUCGACGCAUUCAUCCUCAGCCUGGUUUCAAAGAUUCGUUCGAAGCAUACUGCGAUCAGGAUUACGAAGGUGGUGGCUGGACGGUUAUUCAGAACCGUUUCGAUGGAUCGGUUAAUUUUUAUCGUGGUUGGGACCAGUACGAGAACGGGUUCGGUGACUUGCGGGGCGAGUUCUGGCUGGGUCUGAAAAAGAUUCAUGAGCUGACCUAUGCGAAGCCGCAUGAGUUGCAUAUUGUGAUGGAGGAUUUUGAAGGCAAAACGGCAGUUGCUAAGUAUAGUCAUGUUUUAGUCGGAGGACCCGAGCAAAAGUAUGCGCUGAAUAGUUUGGGAAACUACAGUGGAGAUGCGGGAGAUUCACUCAGCGAUGCAGUGAAUUUGAAGUUUUCCACCUUGGAUGUGGACAAUGAUACUCACCCUCCGGAUAGUUGUGCUGUCACAUAUAAAGGUGCCUGGUGGUAUGGGGCUUGCCAUUCAAGUAAUCUGAACGGAUUAUACCUCAAAGGAAAAGUGGAAGUGUUCGCUACUAUGAUGUGUUGGAAAGCCUUCAAGGGCUACCAUUAUGGGUUGAAGAGUUCCAGGAUGAUGAUACGAGUAUCAAGUUGAGUAACUAUGACGACGUAUCGGGUUCAACCUAACAUGACGGUUUUCUUACGCAAACAUAAAUAAAAAACGAGUGCAAGAAGAAUUUGCAGUACCAAGCAGCAUUGCUUUUUUUCCUGGGGCAUUUUGCAGGUAUGCUGAAAAUGUGUAGAAAAUAACAGGAGAAGAUUUCCUUUUAAUUCCACCAGGCUGUUUCAUUCAACUGUACUCUGUAUUCCGUGUAAGGAAAGAUGGGGUAAAACGUAACCCAUGCACUCCUUGCUUUUAGCAAAAACUGCUGAAAAUUUCUAGAAAAAGGUAACACCAUUCGGAAGUCCGCCAUAGUAAACAUACACUGUCAAAGUUUGAUAACCGUACAUCAAUAGAAGCUCGAGAAAUAAAA